AUGGCGUGGGAAUGGAGAAGUGGGUUUGGGAAGCUUGAGAAGGUAGACUGGACCAGACCUGGGGAGAGACUGGAGGAUGAAGAUUCAGGGACCGACGUGGGAGAAGGAGCAGAUGAAUGGGCCCAGUCCAAAGCCACAGUUAGACCCCCUGACCAGCUGGAGUUGACUGAUGCGGAGCUAAAGGAGGAGUUCACCCGCAUUCUGACAGCCAACAACCCACAUGCACCCCAGAACAUCGUCAGGUACAGCUUCAAAGAAGGCACAUAUAAGCUUAUUGGCAUUGUGAACCAACUGGCAGUUCACUUCAGCCAGGUUGGGAACCUGGUCCCCAAAGACUCGGAUGAAGGACGGCGGCAGCACUACCGUGAUGAGUUAGCAGCAGGUUCAUCUGCAAUAUCUUACCAAGGUUCUCAGGAGUCCACCAAGGUGGUGAUUUCAGAAACCGAAAUCCUUGAAGAAGAAGAGCCUAAGGAAGCAGAAGCUGAAACUGAAGCUGGGAGUCAAACAGAUAUGCCUGUAGCUGAGGCAGCUGCAAAAGUGACUGAAGAAGAAUUGAUGACUCAUAAGCAGCCCAAGGAGCGAAAGCUCACCAACCAGUUCAACUUCAGUGAGAGGGCCUCACAGACCUUAAACAACCCUCUCCGGGACCGAGAAUGCCAGAUGGAGCCUCCUCCCAGGACAAACUUUUCAGCCACAGCCAAUCAGUGGGAGAUCUACGAUGCCUAUGUAGAGGAGCUUGAGAAGCAGGAAAAGACCAAAGAGAAAGAGAAGGCAAAGACGCCAGUGGCUAAAAAAAUGGGGAAGAUGACCAUGAGGAAGAUGACAUCUAUGGAGUCCCAGAAGUUAGUGGCUUUGGAGGGGCUGUUGGCCUGA